AUGCGCGCGGCGAUGAAAGACGGCGCGCGCGGCGCGUCGAUGACCCCGCGCGGGAUCGCCGCGCCGGUCCUCGGGGGCUGGUCCGCCGCGAGCGAAGGGGUUCCGGCGAACGUGCGAACGAUCUCGCUCCAAGCGGUGAAGAUUCGAAUGCGCUCGGUCGGGAACAUCCAAAAGAUCACCAAGGCGAUGAAGAUGGUCGCCGCGUCGAGGCUGAAGGGGGCGCAGACGAAGUGCGAAAAGUCGCGCGCGAUGGUGAACCCGUUCGUUCGACUGCUUGGUGAUACCCCGGGGGCGGAGACGGAGCAGACGUUGGUCGUUCCGGUAUCCUCCGAUAAGGGUUUGUGCGGUGGCAUUAACACGGCGGUGGUGAAAUACUCGCAAGUUUUGAACGCGAUGACGCCGGGGGUGACGUAUAACGUCAUUGGCGACAAGGCUCGCGCGCAGUUGACGAGAAUGAUGCCGCAACAAAUCAACAAUGUCAUCGUUGAUACAACCAAGCAACCGCUCACAUUUGCGACCGCAUCUGCGAUUGCGGACCAGGUCGUGGCGCGAAAUGCGCCGAAGACGCACAUCGUCUACAACCGCUUUGCGUCUGCGAUUUCCUUCAAGCCCUCCGUCGCGACGCUCAUGUCGAACGAGGAGCUCGAAAAGGCGGCGGAAGAGGGUGUCAACGAGUUCGACUCCUACGAGAUUGAAGGUCCGGAUCGUUCCGAAUUCUUGCUCGAUCUCUCUGAGUUCAAGGCUGGCGUGAUGAUGUACAACGCCAUGUUGGAGAACAACACGUCGGAACUCGGUUCGAGAAUGCAAUCGAUGGAGAAUUCGAGUAAAAACGCGAGCGAGAUGCUCGCCAAACUUACGUUGCUUUACAACCGUACUCGCCAAGCCGCGAUUACGACGGAGCUCAUCGAAAUUAUCUCUGGUGCCUCCUCCUUGGAAUCCAAGGAGUAA